ACAAGAGACAAAAUAUACAGGAUCAUAUUUUCUGUAAUAAAAUUAGUUGAUGCGGUAAUCAAUCGAUUUUCUGCAAUCUAUGAUCUAACCUAAUCUAAUAAUCAUCUCUUAACCUUAAUGACACUUGAUGAUGCAAAUUGACAACAAAAUUUUGAGAAAAUGUCUCACAGUAUCAUCGUGACGACAGUUCCUUGGGAGUCAUUAACAAGAGAAUUAGAUCAUAUACCUAUUGAAAUAAAAUUGCACUUACAUUCCAUAAUUAAGGUGCUACAUACAUCUGACGAGAAAUUAACUUUGGAAAAAUGGAUAAGCAGUGCAAUAGAAAGAGUGGAAGCUUGUUUAGACCGCAUAUGGGAAGCAUUGAAUUCAGGCUACUGGAAAGAGGUUCCCAUGGAAUAUAGAUAUUGUUAUUCUCUAUGCGCUAUUGUAAAGGCAGUAUUAUUAGAACUUGAGUACAAAAUUAAUGCUGAAGGAGGUCUUAUUGAUGAAGGAAAGAAAAAGACUGUAGUAAAGAAUAUCAUUAAUCAAAUUGAUAAAGGUAUUCUGUUAGGUGCACCUCUUCCAAGUGUGCCAAAUUUAUUGACAACUAUUGCUAGGAAUCUAAAUAAUUAUUAUGCUGCAAAUUUUGGUACCAUGAAUCUAGAAGAAAUUUCAAUAAAUUACGAGGAGAUUAAUUCUUUAGUCUCUAAUUAUCCAGAUAGAUAUUUUGAGAAACCUUCAAUGGAGACAUUUUAUAAUAAAAUUUUUAGCCCGAAGUCUCCGGCUAUAUUAACAGGCUGUAUGAAUUACUGGAAGGCACUAACGUUAUGGCGCAAUUCUGAUUAUUUAAAUAAAAUUGCGGGAUCUCGAACAGUUCCGAUUGAAAUUGGAUCCCGUUAUACCGAUACCGAUUGGACACAACGUUUCGUUAAUUUUUCUGAAUUUUUACAAAAAUACAUUAUUGCAAAUAACAGCGAAGUUGCUUACUUAGCCCAACAUCAAUUAUUUGAACAGAUACCAGAAUUAAAAGAGGAUUUCGAAAUACCGGAGUAUUGUUUAUUCUCGGAUGAAGAGAAUGAUGAGAGUUUAUCAGAAGUUGACAUAAAUGUUUGGUUUGGGCCUGCUCACACAGUGUCGCCUUUACACUUUGAUCCAAAAAAUAAUCUACUUUCUCAGGUGUUUGGUUACAAAAGAGUGAUCUUAUACUCUCCAGCAGAAACAGAGAAUUUAUAUCCUUAUGAUAGCAAAUUACUUAACAAUACCGCGCAAGUAGAUCCGGUAAAGCCAGAUUACAAUAAGUGGCCGAACUUUCGUAAAGCCAAUGGCAUGACAUUUUAUUUAAAGCCAGGAGAAAUGUUGUAUAUUCCACCAAAGUGGUGGCAUCAUGUCACCGCUUUUACUCCGAGUUUUUCGAUUAGUUUUUGGUGGGAUUAAUCUUAUUCUGUCUAUAUAAAUAUGUAACAAUUUACGAAUGGAUCAAAUAAGAUUUCUUGUUAUUAAAUUUCCACAACCUUCAUGUUACAACAACAUAAUACUGCAUAUAAUAUUGCAACUCAAUAUAAAUUCAACACUCUUACUUAUUAUCACUAUUAUUAUUAAAAAUAAGAUAUUUAUACGGAUGUAAAUCCAUAAUUUUUACCAAAAAAUUUGUUCACAAUCACCCUAAUAAAAAUCAAUAGCUUUUAGUCAAAUCGAUAAUCGAUUAAUCCGACAUUCACAAAUGAAAUUAUCGAAUCAUAGAGAGAAAAUACAAUACAAAUAACAUUGUAGAAUGGAAAAUAGAAUAUAUCUUUCAAUAUCUUAAAAUGAAGAUUACGUAUGAAUUCGAAUAAUUAUUAAGGUACUAGCUUCAAACAUUAAUGUAAGACUCGUGAUUGCUAAACAAAAGCACAGCACACAGGCGUUUAACAAAAAUAACGUGGAACUCUAUUAAUAUCCGGCGGUCUACGUCUUCAGCAUGGUGCUUACAGAGCGUGCGUGUACAUAGAGCUUGUCAAAGAGAGUAUACAGUUUAUUAUUUAGUGAUGACGAAAGAGGACGCAUUCCCACCGAUCAUUAAGCUUCAGGUAAAAAUGCGUGUUCGUCAAUGAUGGACAUUUUUUCAUAACGUAAAUCCCUAUUUUAACUUUCUUAAAUUUCUUGCUAUGUGAAUGCUACGGCAUGCACGGUAAUCUUGAAAUCGAACGUUUCGCACAACAAUUUUCUGUAACUGCACGAUUUGCAAACAUCGCUGUUGAUAAAAGUGUUUACUAAAUCUUCGAUUGAUAUGCAUAUGUAGUUUCUAAAAAUAUAUUUGAGCUCAUUCAAAUGCUGCAUUAUACAAAUGCAUCAAUAGUUGGGAGCAUCAAUUUGCGUUAUUAAAAAAAUAUAUAAAUUUUAAUAAUGCGCUAAAUUAAAUGUAAUUAAUGUCGGAUAACUGAAUCACUGGCUGUCGAAGUCUGCAUAAACGCUCGCGGUGAUUAUUGGACAUUGUCCAAUAAGCGAUAGCUCGACGCUAUUUUUAGACAAAUCUGUCAGAACAUUGUAGUUAUUUUAUCAGAAAAGUAAUCUUUCUGUAUUUAACAUGGUAAAUAAAUUCACACAAUUAUA